AUGGAGCCGGCCCCCGAGGCCGCGGAGGCGCAGGCGGUGCGCGAGGCGCUGGGCCGCUACGAGGCGGCGCUGGAGGGCGCGGUGCGCGCGCUGCACGAGGACAUGCAGGGGCUGCAGCGCGGCGUGGAGCGGCGCGUGGCCGAGGCGCUGCGCCUGGCCGGGCCGCUGGCGCGCACCGUGGCCGAGCUGCAGCGCGACAACCAGCGGCUGCAGGCGCAGCUCGAGCGCCUGACGCGCCAGGUGGAGGCGCUGGGCUUGGCGACCGGGCUGUCUCCCGCGGCGCCGGGCACCCCGGGCACGCCCAGCCCUCCGCCGGCGGCGCCCGGCGCCCCGGACCACGCGCCCCGCCUGGGCUCCGCGCGCUUCGCCAGCCACGCCACCUUCUCCAUUUCGGGCCGUGGCCAGAGCGUGGAUGAAGCCAGCGAGUCGGAGAUGAGAAGGUCCUCCACCCAGAGCGUCAUUGAGAACGGGCACCAGCCAGGGGCAGGUCCAGGUGAUGGACCCCCUGAGGCCACCCAGACCUUCCGGGCACCAGAGCCCCCCAAGCCUCGCCCCAUGAGCCUCUCCUUGGGGCUGCCUCACCAGCCAGUCACGGCCGUCAUGCGGGUCUCCGAGAGGUUCUCUGGAGAGACUUCAGCCACCGCUCUCUCGCCCACGUCUGCUGCCAUCCUGGGGGGCCUCAGCUCGAGCCCCAGUGAGGCCACCCCCCCCUGGACUCUAAGUCCCAGUGAGAAGAAUUCUCCUCUCCCACGGCCCUUGCUGGGCUCUUGCUAUGGGGCCGUGACAGCAGGCAGAAGCAAUGACAGCCCCCCUCUGGUGACGCCGCCCCAGUCGCCCCCGUCCCCGCAGCCGCCGGCCGCCGCUCAGGCCCAUCGCCGGGAGCUGGUGAGGUCGCAGACGCUGCCCCGGACCUCCAGCGCGCAGGCCCGGAAGGCUUUGUUUGAGAAGUGGGAGCAGGACACGGUGGGCAAGGGCAGAGGCGAGGCCCGGGCCAAGCUGAAGCGGUCCCAGAGCUUCGGGGUGGCCAGCGCCAGCAGCAUCAAGCAGAUCCUGCUCGAGUGGUGUCGCAACAAGACUCUGGGCUACCAGCACGUGGACCUGCAGAACUUCUCCUCCAGCUGGAGCGACGGCAUGGCCUUCUGCGCCCUGGUGCACUCUUUCUUCCCCGACGCCUUCGACUACGGCGCCCUGAGCCCCACGCAGCGGCAGAAGAACUUCGAGCUGGCCUUCACCAUGGCCGAGAACCUGGCCAACUGCGAGCGCCUGAUCGAGGUGGAGGAUAUGAUGGUGAUGGGCCGCAAGCCAGACCCCAUGUGUGUCUUCACCUACGUCCAGUCGCUGUACAACCACCUGCGUCGCUUUGAAUGA